AUGUUUUUUCUUGAACAAACCCCCAUUUGGCGACGUAGCGACACGAACUCGAGAAGCAUUUGCAAGAUCUUGAGAAGAUGCACCACCACCCACCACUACGCGCCCACACUCGAUGAAGUGCAGCAGCUGGCGGCCAAAGCCGACCGCACUGCCAAUCUCGUGGCCAUCUGCUGCGAAUCCGACGCAGGCGACGAAACGCCCACGACCGCCUUCCUCAAGAUUCGACGACGCAGCAACAGCAGCGAGACGACCAACAAGGAGAAGGACGACAACCUGGCCUUCAUCUUUGAGCUGUCGGAGAAGAACAACCCGAUCGUGCUGCGCCACUCCAUCGUGUCCGCCGAACCGUGGAAGGUCAUGCGCACCGGCCCCGGCCUGGAGCACCACGGCGACCCGCUCGUCCACCUCGAGCGCGAGCUGGCCAACCACAAGGUGGCGAGCGAGUACAGGCUGGAGCCGGAGGUGUUGAACGGCGCGGCGUUCGGGUAUAUCUCGUACGACUGCAUCCGCUACUUCGAGCCGCGGGUGGACCAGUACGCCCAGCCGGACACCCUACAACUCCCCGAAAGCAUGUUCAUGUUCGUGAAUUCGUUCAUCGCGUUCGAUCACGCGACGCAGAAGAUGCGCAUCGUUGCGCUCUGUUCGCUGGAGGGCGACGUGGUCAAGAACUACGCCCUCUCCGUGGCCCGGAUCGAAGAGCUCCGCAGCCGACUAGCGCAGCCGGCCGUCCAGUUCGUUGAUGCCGACCCGACACGGCACGAGGGUGUGUCGAAUGUGGGCAAGGAGGGCUACGAGGGAAUGGUGCGCAAGCUGCGCGAGCGGAUCAUCGACGGCGACUUCAUCCAGGUGGUGCCCUCGCAGCGCAUCGCGCGCAAGAUCGGCGUGCACCCGUUCAACGUCUACCAGCAGCUGCGCAAACUCAACCCGUCGCGCUACACCUUCUACGUCGACUGCGACGACUUCCAACUCGUUGGUUCGUCGCCCGAGAUGCUGGUGCAGGUCUACAAUCGCGAGGUCACUACCCACCCCAUCGCCGGCACUCGGCGCCGAGGAAAGACGCCCGAGGAGGACGACGCCCUGAUGACCGAAUUGCUCGGUACCACGUACAUAUCA